GGGGCAGAGUGGGCGGGCGCGCCGGGAGGAGACGGCGAGCUGCGCUAGAGGGAGCUUCUCCAGCUGCCGCCUUCGCCGCGCCCGCCCCCCGCGCUCACGGCCUUGAGCGCCGCCUCCCAGCCCGCGCCGCCGAGAUGGCGGAGGACAGCGAGUCCGCGGCCAGCCAGCAGAGCCUGGAGCUGGACGACCAGGACACGUGCGGGAUCGACGGGGACAAUGAGGAAGAGACGGAGCACGCCAAAGGAAGUCCUGGAGGGGAUUUGGGUGCCAAAAAGAAAAAGAAGAAACAGAAGAGAAAAAAGGAGAAACCAAAUUCUGGAGGCACCAAGUCAGACUCAGCAUCCGAUUCCCAGGAGAUUAAGAUUCAGCCGCCUUCAAAAAAUUCCAUCCCAAUGCAGAAGUUGCAGGACAUCCAGAGGGCAAUGGAGCUGUUGUCUGCGUGCCAGGGCCCCGCCAGGAACGCUGAUGAGGCUGCCAAACACAGGUUCCAGUUUUGGGACACACAGCCGGUGCCCAAACUCAAUGAAGUAAUAACAUCUCAUGGCGCAAUUGAAGCUGAUAAAGAAAACGUGCGUCAGGAGCCAUACUCUCUGCCGCAGGGUUUUAUGUGGGACACUUUAGACUUGGGUAACGCCGAAGUGCUCCGGGAGCUGUACACCUUGCUGAAUGAGAAUUACGUCGAGGAUGAUGACAACAUGUUCCGGUUUGACUAUUCACCUGAGUUCCUGCUGUGGGCUCUGCGUCCCCCAGGCUGGCUUCUUCAGUGGCACUGUGGCGUCAGGGUGUCUUCGAACAAAAAACUGGUGGGAUUCAUCAGUGCCAUCCCCGCAAACAUUCGGAUCUAUGACAGUGUGAAGAAGAUGGUCGAAAUCAACUUUCUUUGUGUUCAUAAGAAAUUGAGAUCAAAACGAGUAGCCCCCGUGUUGAUUCGAGAAAUAACCAGAAGAGUGAACCUGGAAGGGAUUUUCCAGGCCGUUUAUACUGCUGGAGUUGUUCUUCCAAAGCCAGUGGCCACAUGCAGAUACUGGCAUCGAUCACUAAACCCCAGAAAACUGGUAGAAGUGAAAUUUUCUCACCUGAGUAGAAACAUGACUUUGCAGAGAACCAUGAAGCUGUACAGGCUUCCAGACGUUACAAAAACUUCAGGCUUGAGGCCAAUGGAACCAAGAGAUAUCAAAGCUGUUCAAGAACUAACCAACACAUACCUGAAGCAGUUUCAUCUAGCCCCGGUGAUGGAUGAAGAGGAAGUAGCCCACUGGUUCCUCCCUCAAGAGCACAUCAUUGACACUUUUGUAGUGGAGAACUCCAGUGGUAAACUAACUGACUUCCUGAGCUUCUACACACUCCCCUCCACAGUCAUGCACCACCCGGCUCACAAGAGCCUCAAAGCUGCCUACUCCUUCUACAACAUCCACACGGAGACACCCCUGCUGGACCUCAUGAGCGACGCGCUCAUCAUCGCCAAGCUGAAAGGAUUUGAUGUAUUCAAUGCACUAGAUUUGAUGGAAAAUAAGACAUUCUUGGAAAAACUCAAGUUUGGCAUAGGCGAUGGCAAUUUACAGUAUUACUUGUACAACUGGAGGUGUCCAGGGACAGAGUCUGAAAAGGUUGGACUCGUAUUACAGUAGAUGGAUAUUUCUGUUGAUAUUUCUAGAACUCUGACAUCAUCAUUUGUUAAUACCCUAGUUAAAGAUUCCUGGAACUGCCAUUCCAAAGAAGAAUAAAAGCACAACUUAAGUGACAUCGAAGUGUCAGUAACAGAAGAGAUGGAAAAGCAUCCAUUUGUGACCACACAUGUAGAACACAUUUCUAGCUGACAUUAACAUCCAUCCUUUUUUCCCACUGUUGACCCAUUUGUAGGAGGGAUGCAAAGAGGGUAAAGACCACAUUCCUCUGGUUUUCAGCCUUCUGGCUGUCUCUUGAUGAAGACGAAGGUGUUUCUUCCUCUCUCUAGAAAAGGGACCCCUUUUCUAUGAACUGAACAGAAGUCACAGAAUUGUGUCAGAAAAUCUUUGCCACUGUGUGGAGAUACACUGCUGCUUUUCUGUUUAUGAAGUGAUGGUCUGUGGAUCCACGUAGCAGAAUGAGGGAGCCACUCGGAAAGUGUUUACUUACAUCACUGUACACGAUCUCAUUGGAACCAGCACUUCUGUAACUCAGUGACACACAGUGGGUGUUAAAGUGAAGAGCAAGAUAAAAAUGUCCUGGGACUCUCUUAUUUCUCAAGAAGUCAAGUUGCCAAAUCAGUAAACACACAAAUUGUACUUGGAUCUCCAGCAGGACGAUGGAUUGGUUCCAAAGCAAGGUUUGGGGCAGACAUGAAGUGUGCUCUCUGAAGAGUGUACACCCCUGCCAAACCAGACUUCUGCUCCUGCACAGAUUCUAGUUUCUUCUCAGCAACAGCCGGGAUAUGUGAGGAAAAGGAAAUCAAAGCCCGCAAGUCAGAAUACAUGCCCAGAGGAGUUCAUUAGUGCCAUCAGGACACUGAGAGUUUGAAUGUUUUUUAUUACUUAUGCAGAAUUGCACAUAUUCCUCUACACUGACUCUAACUUACCAUGAAAGCUGUCCUGCCCUAGGAAGAUGUCUUAUUUGUAAAUAAGUCUCAUAGUUUUAUUACUGAUGGUGUUUUUAUCUAGGAUUUGAAAAACUUCUCAGUGUGCAUAAAUACGUAUAUAUACUGCCAACAGUCCAAGGGGGAAAGAUGCUGGAUGAGGCCACCUCAACUGGCCUCGGCUCAAAUACCACAAAGUAGAUACUUCCUGCCUUUACGUACCAGUGCCUCGGCCGUUCGGUCCAUAAACAUCUAGUUCCCUUAGACAACAGGAUGGCCUUCCUUCAUGUUAUACGUGGUCAAAGGAAACAAUCAUACCCUAUACCAGGCAGGAGCUGGCAACCUGUGGCCCGUGAACUAAACUCAGCCCAUCGCCGCCUUCUGUACAGCCCAGGAGCUAAGAGUGGUGUUUAUAUUUUUUUGAAUGGUUGAGGAAAAAAAACAAAAAAAUAACAUUUUGUGACACAAAAUUUACAGGAAAUUCAGAUGUCAGCAUCCAUAAAUAAAGUGUUGUGGGAACAUG